CAUCCGUCACAUGUCAUGUGACCUGAAGUCGGAAGUUCUCACGUCAAUGAAAACAAUCACUCUCUUUUCCUUCAAUCUUGCCUCUUUUGUGCAUUUUUUCUCCGAUAGCGACUCAUUUAGCCAUGUCUUUAAGCAACGUAAAAGACACUAGCUUCUUGGGGGGCAGAAUACCACCAGAAAUAGAGUCGAUGUCGAAAAAUCUGAAGGAUGUGGAUCAAGAGUUGUUUAGAAAACUUCUCAAAGCUGUGGUCAGUGCACUGGAGGGAAAAGACUGCAGGGAGAUCAUGAAGUCGAUCGCUGAAAGCAGUGUCAUCCCACAGGAGAGGCUCAGUCACAUCAUCGCUGGGAUGCACAGGGUGCUUUCAGAGGCCAUCCGCCUCCCAGCGUCCUCACUCAAACAGGAGACCUUUAAGGAAGAUCUGAGAGAGCUCAGGAUACCAGAGGACUUCAUCACAGAUUUCUCCAGUGUGGUUUUUGGAAAUCGGCGUGCAGCUCUUGAAGCAGCUUCCUCACAGAGUGACCCUCACCUCCCUUCACUGGAGGAAUUUAAAUGGAGAGUGGAUGUUUCUAUUUCUACAAGCUCACUGGCCAGAGCCCUGCAGCCGUCUGUUCUCAUGCAGCUGAAGCUGUCAGAUGGGAGUUUUCAGCGCUUUGAGGUUCCUGUGUCCAAAUUCCAGGAGCUGCGUUACAACGUUGCUUUGAUUUUAAAAGAAAUGAACGAUUUAGAAAAAAGGAGCAUUCUGAAGAUCCAGGACUGACAAACAAGCCGUCAGAGACUGAAGGAGGAGCAGGUGUCUUCACACGUCUUCAGUUUGGGCUCUGAUUGUGUUGGCAUCCAACAUAAUACAGCUUUUUUUGUUGUCUUGUAUUUCAAGUAGCAAGCAAUGCCUACAAUGUUAUUGGAAAUGUUCCUUUUUUUUCAAGCAGUAACUUCUAAUGGACAUCCUGUAUAUUCUUAGAGAUUUGUGCCAAAAUCAAGACGCCAACCAUGUUGUAGACCUAUAUCUAUGCUGCCUGAGACUGAACAUUUGUACCUGUUUGUAUCGUUUAAAAUAAUAAACCUGAAUAAGUUUGGGAGUAUAG